AUGGCCAGUCUGCCAAGUUAUCGAGUUCAACAAGUUAAACCGUUUGCCAUCACUGGUGUGGACUACGCUGGUCCUAUCACGCUGAAGGAACCUCGUGGUCGUAAAUCAGUACCUAAACUAGCGUACUUUUGUUUGUUCGUAUGCACCACUACAAAAACAAUUCACUUAGAACUGAGUUCUGACUUGUCCACCGAAUGUUUUUUGAUGGCGUUUACUCGGUUUUCAGCCAGACGUGGGCCUAUUAAGGAAAUGCACAACAGUGUUCAUCGCCACCUUGCCAAUCAUCAUAUAACUUGGCACUUCAACCCUCCAGCAUCUCCACAUUUUGGUGGCUUAUGGGAAGCAGGAGUCAAGUCCACUAAAUCAUUAAUCCUUCGAUCAAUUGGCAUCCACAAAUUGACCAGUGAAGAAUUCCUAACACUGCUCACCCAGGUUGAAGCGACCUUAAACUCACGCCCGUUAUGUGCACUCAGCAACGACCCAGAUGAUUUCGAAGCGUUGACACCUAGUCAUUUUUUGACUCUAGAGCCUUCGACGUCACUUCCUGACCCAAGUCUAGUCAAUGUUCCGAUGUCGAAAUACCAACGAUGGCGAUUAAUCACAGAUCUACACCGACAUUUUUGGACACGAUGGAAGAACGAGUACCUUAGUAGCCUUCAAAUCAGGAAAAAAUGGUCUGCACCCGGUCAGGAACUCCGUAUUGGUGACCUUGUCCUCGUCAGGGAGGCGAUACAUCCUCUUCGUUGGAGAACUGGAAGAAUUCGUGAACUCCAUCCUGGCUCAGACGGAAUCUCCAGAGUGGCCACUCUCGACACUUCAUCUGGACCAUUGAAGCGCCCAGCGGUCAAGCUCUGUCCACUCCCAAUCUCUUGA